AUCUAUUCAAACAAACAAACAAACAAACUCGCCCUAAAAUGGCUUAACAAAUAAUCAAAAUUCAAUCUUUUUUUCAUCCAAACUGCUUUUAUCAAAGAUGGGAGAUGGUGGCGCAGUUCAGGUUACAAACAAUUCCAAUAAGAGUAAUAAGGAUAAGAAAAAGAAGAAGAAGAAUAAAAACAGAGGUGGAAGCAAGAAGAAGAUGACCCAUGAACAAGUUUUGGCUUUUAAGUUUGUUACUGAAUGGGUUUCUUUGGAUCAUCCUUCUUCUUCUUUAGGUUUGGCUACUUCUUCUGUUGUUGAUGAUUUUGGAGUUCAGAAGCCUGUUGGAAAAAAUGGUGACAAAGUUCUGUUUGAAUUGCACUCUCAUUCUAAAUGUAGUGAUGGGUUUUUGUCUCCUUCUAAGGUUGUUGAGAGAGCUCACAUGAAUGGCGUGAAAGUUCUUGCUCUGACAGAUCAUGACACUCUGGCAGGCAUCCCUGAGGCUGUAGAAUCGGCUCGAAAAUAUGGAAUCAAGAUAAUCCCAGGUGUUGAAAUUAGUACAAUAUUUUCUCCAAGCAGUGGAGACACUGAAGCAGAGGAACCUGUUCACAUAUUAGCAUAUUAUAGCAGUAUUGGACCAUCAAGGUUUGCGGAGCUGGACAAGUUUUUGUCGAACAUAAGGGAUGGACGUUAUCUUCGAGCAAAAAACAUGGUCUUAAAAUUGAACAAGCUAAAAAUGGCCCUUAAGUGGGAACAUGUUUGUAGGAUUGCAGGCAACGGAGUUGCUCCCGGAAGGCUCCAUGUAGCCCGUGCUAUGGUUGAAGCAGGUUAUGUUGAGAAUCUCAAACAAGCCUUUGCUCGAUAUCUUUUUGACGGCGGACCUGCUUACUCCAAGGGAAGUGAACCUAUGGUGGAGGAAGCAAUAAAAAUGAUUUGCGAUACUGGGGGUGUCUCCGUUCUGGCUCAUCCAUGGGCUUUGAAAAAUCCUGUUGCCAUUGUUAGGAGGUUAAAAGAGGCAGGCCUUCAUGGGAUGGAGGUCUAUAAAAGUGAUGGAAGGCUUGCAGCUUAUAGCGACCUGGCCGAUACCUACGAACUUUUGAAAAUCGGAGGUUCGGACUAUCACGGAAGAGGAGGACACCAUGAAGCUGAGCUGGGAAGUGUGAACCUUCCAGUACUAGUUUUGUAUGACUUUCUUAAGGUAGCUAGACCUAUAUGGUGCAAUGCUAUAAAGAAAAUAUUGGAGUGUUAUGCUGAGGAACCUUCGGAUACUAACCUAGAAACAAUUACAAGGUUUGGGAGAACCCGAGUUUUUAAAGGAGGUUCACCCUUGAACUGUGGACAGGAUUUGAUUGAUCAUUGUUUACAUCUCUGGUUAAGUAGCCAAGAGAUGGAAAAUGAAGAGUUUGAGGCUAUCAAAUUGAAGCUUUCCAAUGUAUCUACUAGUCAGGGAGGAAUUCAGGUUCUCAUAAAGACUUAGAAGUUGUGUAUUCUAUUUGUUACAUAAAUUUUGUUAAUCAUUCCCCUGUAUUUUUGUUUGGCAGUCUCAUUGUUAAAUUUGUUGGUAAAGUUUAAUUGCCUA